AUGUCAAAGGGCAUAGAGAAAGUUAGCAGCAACAAGCAAUUUAGGUGGCUGCCACCCAUGCAUGAAAUGAUGCUUAGGAUACUUGCAGAGGAGGCUGCAAAGGGCAAUAAGCCCUCUAGUACUUUCAAGGCCGGCUCCUUUGCUCUUGUAGCGAAGGAGAUAACGGCCCAAUUUGGGGUUGAGUGCCACCCAUCCUAUGUUGACAAUCGGAUGCAAACUCUAAGGACCAUGUGGUCCACCAUUCAGACUCUUAGAAAGAAGAGUGGAUUUGGUUGGGACGAUAAUCUAAAAAUGAUAACUUGCGACGCUAAGACAUACCAAGAAGAAGUUAUGGAUUCCAUUGCUUUUAUAAGGCGCAUCGAAAGCAUUCGAAGUAUCCAAACAAAAAAAAUUGAGAUGUAUGAUGAAUUAGCGAUUGUUGUGGGGAAGGACACAGCCACAGGUGGCUUUUCUAAGUCCUAUGUGGAUACUGAGAAUGAGCCAGACAAUGGGGACAGUGCGGAGUUUAUUGCUAACAAUGUAGAGAAAGGUGUGGUCGAGAAAGGGAAGAAUGCAGUCGAGUCAUCCACCACUGGGUCAGGAAUUUCCAAGUCCCGCAAAAGAGGGAGUGCACCUUCUAAUGCUGAUGAUAGUGUGCUGACUGAUCUGUCUGAUCAGCUGAAGGAAAUAGCUGUGGCUCUGAAAGAAAUCAAUCGGGGCCCGGUGGAUUACACAGCUCUCUACAAUGAGGUAAUAGCUAUGAUGGCGGAUGGGUAUAGCGAAGAUAUGCUCGCAACUGCCUUUGACCAUCUUUGUGAAAAUGAGAAGACAGCACGUGGAUUUCUAGCCCAGAAUGCUAGGUUGAGGAAGCUGUGGUUGGAUGGUUUUUUGUUCUCACAAAUUUGA